UUGCGGCUUGCUGCUUGCUUGUCAGCUAGUCACUGUGCCCGCUGUUCGUCUGUUGUGUUGUUAUUUGUUCAUUUUUUACUGCAAUUCUGCUGGGAAUGCAACGCCGCCAACAAUAAUCCACACAUUUUCAAUUAAAAUCUUUUAUUUACGACGGAAUAAACCUUGCUUUUUAUACAGGAAUGGCCCAUGAAUGAAAGGUCAAAAUGAUUGACGACCAAGUUGCUGAUCAAUUGUGGUUGGUCUUGGAGAAGGCUUUCAAGGCAAUCCAGAGCAAAUGCAAAACCGAGAAUCUCAGUUUUGUCGAGCUGUACAAAAAUGCAUAUGAGUUAAUCAUCAACCAAAGGAGCAGCAAUCUAUAUUUCCAGUUGAAACAUGUAGUGGAGGAGCAUUUAUCAACAACUGUCAGAACGAGAAUCAUGAACUCCAUGGAUGGAAAUUUCUUGGCAACUUUGGCUCAGGAGUGGAGUGACCACGAGGUGGCAAUGCGUAUGAUAAGAGACAUUGUCAUGUACCUUGAAUUGGCCUACACUGAUAAUCAUGACAUGGACAAUGUGUUCAAUCUUGGAAUGAUCUGCCUUAGAGAGCAGUUAGUCAAUUUCCCUGCUAUCAAAGAAAUGCUUGUAUCGAACCUUCUGGAACUGAUUGCUAAGGAAAGAGCAGGAGAGGUGAUUGACCGAAUGGCCAUGAAAAACACGCUGAACAUGCUGAUCAUUCUGGGAAUCUCGUCCAAUGAUUACUACACAUUGACCUUUGAAAAUGAUUUCAUCAGGAAGUCGAUUUCAUUUUACCAGAUGGAAGCGUCAAAGUUCAUUAAGAACAACAAGCUGUCCGACUAUCUUGCAAUGACAAAGAAGCGGAUGGAUGAGGAGAAGGAUAGAAACCAGCAUUACCUUCCCAGAUCCACUCACGAGAGAAUUAUCUCAGUGGUCGAGAACGAACUGGUGAAGAGGCGCAUGAAACAGAUUCUUGAGAUUGGCAACGGUGAAGUGCGCAGAGCAAUCGUAGCAGAGCAAAUUUCAGUUCUUAAAAACCUCUACACUAUUUUCAAGAAACAUGAAGGUGGCACUGACCUUAUUCUGGAACAGUUUCUUAAGACACUAACAGAGCAGUGUACUGCUAUCCAACAAGAGGAGCAAGCUGGGAAUGCAGCAGCAGCAGCUGGUCCAUCUCGAGACAAUAGUCCGACAACGGCAGCCAUCAAUAUGGUCCAGAACCUCAUUGAAAUCAGAAUCAAAUUCAACAAGAUUGUGGAUGAAGCCUUUGAAAAGGAUGCAACUUUUGCUGAUAAACUUGACACAGCAUACAAGAACUUUGUCAAAGAAAAAAUUAAUGUUGCAGAGUCACUUUCUCUACACAUAAACAACUUCCUAAAAAAGGGAGACAAGAAUAUAUCUGAUGAAGAACUUGAAGUCAAGAUGGAUGGUUCCAUGUUCAUCGUGAAGUGCUUGCGAGAUAUGGAUGCAUUUGAACAAUAUUACCGCAAACAUUUUUCUCUUCGGAUUUUGGAGGAUAAAUCUAUUGGCGAUGAUAUUGAGAGAGCUAUGGUCGGAAGAUUGAAGGCAUUAUGUGGAUGGCAAACCACACAUCAUCUGGAACAAAUGUUCAAAGACAUUCAAAUGUCGUCAGAUUUCUCCGACGAAUUCAAGAGGAUGCUAAACGAGAAUGAGCAUUUGAGGAAAACAGAGACUGAUCUGCAAAUCAAAGUUGUCCGAGAGGGGGUUUGGCUCACAAGACCACUGGAUUCGACCAUUGUAAUUCAUCCUGAUGCAGUCUCCUCGUACGAGCUUUUCCAGCUGUUCUAUUUGAAAAAAUUUGAACACAAAAAGAUCCGACUUCACCCCUCUUUUGGAAAUGCAGACUUGAAAGCAAGAUUUUUUGAUGCCAAUGGAAAAAUAGUCAGAACUCAGAUUAUUAAUGUUCCUACUUUGAUGAUGUUUGUUCUUCUGCUGUUCAACGAUAAUGAAGUGCUCACAUUGGAAGAAAUCAAAUCUGCUACUAGCAUGCCUGAAAAUCAGGUGCGCAUCAUAUUAAAUCGCUUGACGUUUGGUCCAGUCAACAUCAGGAUCCUGAAAAAGAGCACCCAGCCAAGAGAAAUCACAGCUAGUGACACCUUCACCAUCAACAAUGACUUUAAAUCCAAGCGUCACAAAGUCCGAAUCCAAGCGGAUGACGCAGAAAAGGAGACGCCGGCUGAACGUCAAGAAACAGACGACAUCCUCCUCAAACAACGCAAAGUUGAAAUUUCUGCAGCCAUUGUGCGUGUGAUGAAAACGCGCCGAACAUUGGGACACAACCAACUAUUGACUGAAGUGUAUGACCAGGUCAAGCACAGAUUCACUCCUGAACCUUCCAAGAUCAAAACUGUCAUUGGAGAACUUAUCGAAAAAGAAUACAUUGCCAGAGCACCAGACGCAAUUGAUACAUACACAUACAUUGCUUAAAGUGAACAACAUCAGUCGAAAGGAAACGCCUAUCUUCAUCAGCCUACAUUUAUAUUAUAAAUCAUCGACUCAUAUCAUGUCUUUUCCAAUGGUGUAAAAUAUCAGUCAAUUAAAAGGUUUCACCUAGCAUUAAACAUAUGUACAACAUAUUGGUAAUAUUGCAAAUAAAAUAAAAUUGUUUGAUAUCUGUGUAA